AUGGGUUUAUUGCCAUUGGUGAAGAAACUAGGUUUCAUCUUUCUUCUUAUUUCAGCUUCAGCGCUUGCUCUCUCUUCUGCAGGUCGACCAUCCAUACUAAUCUAUAGCGAAGAGGAUAAUAAUCAGGAGGUGGUGGAAAGAAGGAUACAUGAACAUGAGAGAAUUUUGAGGAUGAAUUCAAGAGACUAUGGUCACUUCAGUCCUAAACCAAAGCUCGUGAGGCCUCCUUUCAAGCUUAUUCCCAACUGA